AUGGCCCGUCGUCCCGCGAGAUGUUACCGCUACUGCAAGAACAAGCCCUACCCUAAGUCCCGGUUCAACCGUGGUGUUCCCGACCCCAAGAUCCGUAUCUUCGAUCUGGGACGUAAGAAGGCCAACGUCGAUGACUUCCCUCUUUGCGUUCACCUCGUCUCCAACGAGUACGAGCAGCUGUCCUCCGAGGCCCUCGAAGCCGCCCGUAUCUGUGCCAACAAGUACCUCGUGAAGAUCGCCGGUAAGGAAGGUUUCCACCUCCGUGUCCGUGUGCACCCCUUCCACGUCAUCCGUAUCAACAAGAUGUUGUCUUGCGCCGGUGCCGAUCGUCUCCAGACCGGUAUGCGUGGUGCCUUCGGUAAGCCCCAGGGUACCGUUGCCCGUGUGAACAUUGGCCAGAUCAUUCUGUCCGUCCGCACCCGUGACGCCAACCGUGCUGCUGCCAUCGAGGCUCUCCGCCGUUCCAUGUACAAGUUCCCCGGUCGCCAAAAGAUCAUCGUCUCCAAGAACUGGGGUUUCACCCCCGUCCGCCGCGAGGACUACGUCCAGCUCCGCCAGGAGGGCAAGCUCAAGCAGGACGGUGCCUACGUCCAGUUCCUGCGUGGCCACGGUCUCGUUGAGGAGAACAUGAAGCGUUUCCCCGACGCCUACGAGAACGUUUCUCAGGCUUAG